GGAAUUGAAGAGAGAGAUGGAUGACAUGUUUCUCCAGUGCAAUAAAAACGCGAUUUAUGUCCUCAACAGCAGCUAUCGCUAUGGGGAGUACGACAUGAUAAACUUGUUCGGAUCGCCGGCUGGCAGAGCACUGAAUACGUCAAAGACGCCGCAGACGUCGCCGCAGCCCACCUCGCCCACAUCCUUCCCGCCACUGCCCGGGCGCAUCGCCGCGGACGCCGACGUCGAGGCCACGGCCAGCAAGGCGUCCAAGAAGACCUCCAUCUUCAAGUCGUCCAACAUUGCGGCGAAGAAGUGCAAGUUCUGGAAAUUCCUCGAGGAUGAGAAGCUGAAGAAGAACAGCGUCGAAGAUCUCUCAACCACGAGCAGCGGCCAGAGCAGUUCCAGCCGAUGGAGGAAGUCCAAUCGCAAAUCGAGCACGGAACUGUAUCGUGAGGCUGCUCAAUUACUCGGGCUCUCCUGCACACUGAGUGACAAUUGCCGGUGCAUGGAUUGUCAGAGCCGCUAUUUCGACUGUGAUGACUCCGAUACGUACUCGGACCAUUCGUUCAGGGUGGACUACGGCUGCCCGGAGGACAUGCUCAGCGGGGACGCCAGUGAAGCCCGCCGGCCGGUCGAUUGCCCGGAAAAGUUUUGCACUUCUGGCGGCUGUGAGGAGCUCUCGAACAGCGAGUCCGUGAGCGACCUGAGUGUGGACGACGAGGGGCGCUGCAGCCCCGUGGCGGUGACAUAACUGCCCCCGCCAUCAGCUCACUCCCGAAAGAUGCCACUGAGGAUUGUGUGUACAUAUUUGAUAAGUUUCGCGAUGGAACAAUUAUUGACUGUUGAGCUGCGUGUUUGGAGCCACCAAUUUCAGCGAGAAUCAAAGCUAUAGCCAUUUACCAUUGUUAACUCACGGUUCAUCAGUGACUUCAUUCUGCACAGUGGUUAUUUUUUUUAUCUCUCACCAUUGCUGGCCAUGAGCAGGACUAAUUGUCGAGGCGUACAGUCUUUUUUUGCGCAGAAAAAAAACCCGUGCGAGUGCGUGUGUUUGUAAAUUUAUCGGACUGAUUUUAGGGGUUGGAAGCGAGCGUGUUCAUCAAUCUCACUAAUUUUCAUUCAUUUUUCUCUCACUCUGGCAAAAAAAGAAUCAACAUCGCAUAUAUGUGUAUCAAUCGCUAAUCGUAGAACGUAGAUAAAUCACCGUAAUUAAAUCACACACACACGAGAAAAUGUUGGACAUAUUAAUUGGGGGAUCAUAAGCAGGAUUCCGACGGUUGCUUAACAUUUUUGAAUCAUCACACCGAUUGAGCGGCUGCGAAAGCUCUUCCUCAUUCACAAAGCGGAAGCUAUUCUCGAAUAAAAAUUCAUCCCCCGGGGGGGCGAAAAAGGCGUCUCGCGAGAGCCUGGCGUCUCCUGUUGAUGGAUGGGUGAGAAGGUUAACAUGAGCGGACACUAAAUUUGGGCUGGAAUUUAAUGACGCGUGCUGAAGUUGGGCGUGGGGCGGCUAAAACCCCGUCCUGGCUAAAUAUAGCCAUAUAUUUGAGGCCAUAACGCGACAGUCGCAAAGCGAUUUUAAUAGGAUCCCGAGAUAGCGCCAUCGGGGUAAUUUUUAUUGUUAAUUGACUCAAUACACUGGCAAACACUAAGCGCAAACUUUCAUUGAUGACGGUAGUAAAAGUGCUCUAUACGUAUUUUGUGCGCCCGUGGAACCUCAGCAAUAUUUAUGAGGGAGUAAAAUUAACCCCAAUAUUUCACUCUACAUAACUUUUUAUCAUAUCAAUUUUAUUUAUUGCCGCUUGCAUUUCCUUCGGUCCGCAGUUUUAUGGUGAUCCAGACGGGAGAUUGUCGCAAUAAGAAUUAUAAUUCAUGAGCUUGCGAUCAUAGUUUGGGUGAAUUUGUUGUGGGAAAAUGAUAAAAAGCAAUUUCUUGGGGGUGCUGCUUUUCGCUGAAUAGCGGAGUAAACACUGCAGUAAAAGUGAGCGGAAAUUAAGCUCUGGCGAUAGAGAUAAGGGAAGAAAUGAUCAAUUUUAACAACUACAGACUUCAUUAGCAAUUCGGGCUGUUGAUAAGCUCUAUUGAUUGAUAUGUAGCCGAACCUUUCACUGCAUCAUUGUAAUUCCCCACCCACGCGGGUUCUCAUCACUAUGCGCAUAAAUUUGAAAAGUGGAAGCGCACAACAAGGGAAUACUCCGCUAGUUAACAUUUUGGGAUACAAAUUUUCCGCCCCUAAUUGAAUUCAUCUCAACAUUUCAACUCAUUAUAGUCUUUUUUUUGCCCCAGCAUGCACGCCUCUCAUAAUUGCAAAAUGUUAAAAAAUAUACUUCCCACACAAUCCAAUUAUGGCCACAACUCCCGUGAAGUCCGGAGAACAGACACGGGAAUUAUUCAAUUAGAUUUCCGAUGGCCGCAGGCUGCAAACUUUACGAUUGCAUUUAAUGUUCCCGCAGCGAGGGCUUUUUCCAAUGGACGCAGAGCAGAGUUUUUCCGCUCAGAUCUUGUGAACUCGCCAUGUGAUGUACACAAUUUUAUCUAUCAGGCAAAAUUACAUUGUCUGCGAGAUGCUAUGUCAGCACGAUGAGUGCAAUUUUAUACACUUUUUACCCUCACUUCCAUCCAUCACGGUCCAUGAAUGAAACUGUGGGAGCUUUCACUAGCCCUUCCAAUUCACCUGCGGAAGCUUUUCGUGAGAUACUAUUUCUCCCACGGAGUGUGAAAAAAAAAGCUUCACGAAACAUCCAAAACAAGCAAGAAAAUCCGAACGAUUGAUCGGAUGAAAAUAGCGCUAAUAUAAAUCUAUCGUGAAGAUUUCACUCAGGAAAUGAGGGAAAAUCAAUUGUAAAGUAAUCAAACAGGAGAAAAUUAGCUAAAAGACUUUCCCAGUGUUGCAGAGAGACAAAUUUGUCAUCUGCCGUUGGAUGGAAAAUGGGCGAAAGUUUAUGUGGAAUUUGCAGGAAUGUUGAUAGAAAUUUUUUAUUGGCCGCCAAGGAAGAGCUUUACAGCCCACUUCACUCCCUCAUUCACUCUCCCUCUCUCUCUCUGUCGCACUUUCCCGCCCUUUGUCAUAUUCCUUUGAGGAAAAUAGGUGCCAAACAUUUUUACGAUUCACUUUGUUGCCAUUUCUCUCGUGCUCGUUUACCCGACGCUAUGACAUGAAGCAUAAAAGCAUUGGAGGAUACACACAUCCAAUAAUUUAUAGUUCACAUACAUACUACGUGUUUUUAUUCGGACUACCAUUUAAAAUAUGAAGAUAUAAAAAUACGAAACUAAUGAAUUUAUAUGAUAAAUGGCAGAGAUAUUGAAAUGGACAGAAAAUGAACACUUCAAAAUGAAUUAUGAUUACAAUUUAGCCAGCAAAAUCUAUGAAGAUUAUACUGAAUUUAUUGUGAAAAUGUUUUCUGGUGUUAUCUAUACUUAAAUAUAUUUUAUAAAAAAAGAAGAGAACAACACAGCGUAGAAGAAUGUAAUUCUUCUCUGUGAACUCGAGAGGAGACAUUAAAGAAAGAA